AUGCACAUGGAUGUGGUACUUGAAGAAGAAGCCACUAUUACUGAUUGUGAGUUUUCGAAAAACAUAUGGCAGGCGAAAUAUAUGCAGUACACAUGCAUUUCAGUAUACCCGUCCAUACACAUUACAUUUCGAUCGCCGGUAAAAGUUAAAUAUUCUCACGAUUCACACAACACUGUCUUUAGGUUCCCAAGCAUACACCUAUGGUGACCUUCAUGUGUGCACGUCUCACUCAUUCCGGAUUCCUACGUAUUCUGAGAAGUCAUUUAGAUUUGUUUUGUUGGAGUGUCGAAUAUAGGUUACGUGACGUCUACGUGAGGACGUUGGUGGACUAUUCAUACUGGGGAGAGGAGAAUCCAUUGCCACGUGUGAUCCGGUUGUCCAGACUAGAUGCGUCCCAUGCUAUUCUUCAAAGACUACAGAAUGAAUUCGAAUUUCCAGAACGAUUUAAAGUGGACACAACAAAGUUGCAAAAAAUAUUGCAGCAAACAAUAAUGAAUGGGGGACCUUUUUAUUGCAACAUAUAACAUCACUACCUCGGAUUUUGUAUUGCUCUGCUGUUGCUGCAACUGAAAUUAUGACACACUUUGACAGCCUAGGUGUUGUCUUGUGUUUUGGAGUAUUUAAAUGUACACAUUUUGUCGGCUUCUUGUUCGAAACGUUUGUGUAUAAAUGAGCCAAAGCAAAUAAUUUGGCUCGCGAUGGCAGUUAUGGCACGCGAAAAUAUUUAUAGACGGUUUCGAUCGACAUUUGUUAUCGUUGAUUUAUAUGGCAUUUUUGGAAAACAAAUAGUGUAAAGGAACACGGCUGUGCAUGUCCUGCUAGCAGGGAGGUCGCACGUUUUCGAUCGCUUUUUUGAUAGACCAAACAGCCUACAUAUCUCGUAGCUAUUAUUCGCCGAAAUUAUUUUACUGUCCGUUUCCUGUGGACGAGUUGACUUCACGAAUGAAGGCGAGAUUUCCAGUUCCGGGUGUAUGCAUACGUAAAGAAGAGUCGAGCACAGGAACCCUUCGUUUAUUGUCCUGAGCUUUGUGACUCAUGCAGGAGUCCAUCGUCAGAAUUAGUAACAGAAACAGAACAAGUGACAGUUAUAAGGCAUGCAGGUCAAUCAUCGACCGACGGCGCCAGACUGGAUUUGACAUCGCAGGGCUCUUUACGCCGGCGCCAGAUGGAUAAAGCGAUUAAUCGCGUUCUUAUCUGAGGCCCAGGCUUCAAACAAUUCUCGGCCUGUUUUUUUCGGCGUGGGCGACUAUUUAUGUGGCUGCGAAGUUUCGUGAGUGUGGGCGGCCACUUGUGAUAAUGCGUCGCCUCAUCGCACAGUCAGCUUAUGUUCGCGCACGCGUGAUCCGAGCAUGCGCCCGGUCUGCCCUUUGUAGUUACACGGACAGUUUGGACACUGGAUGCGGUGCACCACUCCAGAUUUCUCUUCAGGCUUUAACCGGUCUUUAAUUUUCAUGACCCUAUUGAGCAUGGUGGUUUGGGGGCUGUGUGCAAUUUCAACGCCUAGCUCCGCUGCAAUGCGCUCGGUCGCUUCUGAAACAUCCUUCAUGUAUGGCAAAGAACGCCAUAUCGUCGGUGUUGUUGAUUUUCGAGUCCUCUGGUGGCGACCGCGUAGGCAGCGACUUAUGAAUGUCAUCAGAUAGUCAUUUAGCACAAACUGUUCUCGGAGAUAACGGGCCUCACGUGCUAUGUCCUCCGGUUUGCUGCAAUGAGUUUGGAUCCGUUUAAGAAACGUGAACAGUGAGAAGUUGUGUGGUGUUCGUUGUCUUCCUAUAAACCAUCGUUUUAAAUUCACCGUUAAGAUUUCGUCUGACAAGCACACCCAGGAAGGGCAACCGCUGUUCCUGUUCUUCUUCCCUCGUGAAUUUUAUAUCAGGGAAGACUGCGUUGAGCAGGCUGUGGAAAUGUUGCAACAUAUCCUUCUUUACGAUAACGAACGUGUCAUCUACUUAAAGACGCAAAUAUACCGGCUGAUAUUGGAUGAAGGCAAUCGUUUCUAACUCCUGUAGGACAAAGUCUGCCACUAAACCGGAAACAGGUGAGUCCAUUGGUGUCCCCUUGAUUUGUACAUAGGUCUCUCCCGCUAAAGUGAAGAAAGUUUGUUGAUAGAAUUCAAACGGCCUAAUGAGGUGUUCAGUUUUGAGUGCAUUCUGAGUCUCAUUUUACCCCUCUUCAAGUCUAUUGAGCAAGACUUGGGGGGCAGGUCUGGUGUGAUGGAUGUGAAUAACGACGUCACAUCGAAGGAGACCAUGAUUUCGUCCGAUUGAACCCUUCGACCUCGGAUGUAUAUGAUGAAUUGAGAUGCUGAUCUAACUGAAUUAGUCGAAUUGCCUUGGAGAUGCCAUGGGGUUAACUGCAUAGCAUGUAGGAUAUAACGUGACUUUUUCUUUUGUAUUUACAUCAAACUAGGUCAGGAAGGCCUUUUUAAAUAGUUUAAUAAAUAAGUGAAACUACAGCCAUUAUUUUCAAAACUAUUGUGGCGACUCCAUUAUUUCACUCACCUGAGUUGCUGGGCCAUCACAAAGCCACCGUGGAAUCUGGCUGGCGUUAUUGCCGCUGUACAUCGGUAACAAUUUUUUUAUUUACCGGCACCCAUCGCGCAAAUUGGAAUCUCUGUCGUACACACUCUACCACUGUUGUUAGUAGAAAUCCUGAUCAAGUGUUUGGUUUCGACAACGCGGUGUUGUGGGAAACCUAGGUACGGGUUUAUGCCGAGUCAGUCAACUGCGUCCGGUCUUCUUGGCAACGUCUUGACAUGUGGCCGAGCCGAUGUAAGAGGUGAGAGUGGCGUUGGAGCGUGAACAAGUCUACAAGCACUUUAAAAGAAAGCAAGCGUUCAUCCCCGCAACUGCAUUCACCCUGUCUUGGAGCACACGUCGAACAUCGUCACCUACGACGGGCAAAAUGUCGGGUGUUGUCAAAAAUGGCCUUGGCUUUUUCAGUUUGAUUUUACCCCAUUAAGUUUGUAUAAGAAAAUGAGGUAUUCACCGGAUGAAAAGAAUUGCAUUGCUGUCGUUUAUGAAAACUCAGCGGGUUCUACAUUAUCAAGGCCUUUAGAACAAAAAUUAGCGAGAAUUUUAAAUAGACUGCUGACCAAUUUGGCCUUGAACCCAUCGAUUUUUCCUCAUUUCUCUGCCCUGGCCACCUGACUAACUGAUGUGAGUUUUGGUAGCCUUCUGUGUUGCGUGUCGUCAGCUCAAAUUGGCUCGCGUGCGUGUAUGCCCCCCUUCUUUUCGGUGAAUUCGUUAAUGGGCCGUGUUUGCUCGCCAUCAUUAAGCUCCGUGUGACCGUCUCGUCCUCGUCUUGGCGUAUGCAGCGAAGUAAGACUUGGAAAAACCUUUAUAUUUUUACCAUUAUAUUUGGGUCUAGUAGUAGCAAACUCUUGCCCAGUGGAACAUUAGGAAGGAGGCUAGUUUAGGCUGUGCUAUACUUUCACGCGCUCUGGGUUAAAAUGCAUGUAAAAGGGUUCGUAAGUUUUACUUUAUUUCUUAGUACGAAAUGAAAUAUUUGCAGGAAGUCGCAAUUACAGUUCGUUAAAUGUACACCGUUUCACUCGGACACAUACCGGAAUGGUGUACGUGACGAGUUUCAAACCAUGUUAGUUCAAUGCAUUCUGACAGCGUCCAACAUUUGGAAAAUGUGUAAAAAAGCGACUCCUAUAGUGUCUGCAAUUAUUAAAAACAUGUUUUGAAACAAUAAUCUGGAAGCAACUAUAUAGGAUAUGACUAAGUUGAGGAAAGCAUUUUUGAACGCAAAUGGAAACUUCGUAACACUUUUGUGAACUGAGUUUAUGACCAUCUUGAUAAAAAGGUUAAUUUCAGUCAAUAAUGUAAAUAAUGAACACAUAGGGUAGACUGUAAAUCAGUAUAAGACUGCACUUUGCGACUAAGAAAUGAGAGUAAAUUUUUAUUAUGUUCUGGUGACAGUGCGGCAAAAUGGCACACACUGAUUACAUUUGUGCAAGUUUUGGCCAAAAAGUCUAAUUUGCAACACAAGCUGCUAGACAUUUGUUGGGUACUACGGGAUGGGCAAGCACUGGCUCAUAUCGACAAAAACAACCCGAAAUAACAAACAUGCUUUCAAUUAGAAAGUUAGUCCUAGGUGAUGCUGUAACACUUAAUGCCCUUCGGCAUAAUUCCAAAAUGCACGAGUCACACAGCGUUAUCCGCUUUAAUUGAGCUUCUACCCUGCUGGCUACAUAAAUCACAGUCCAUUGUUAUAACUACUUGUGUAGUAUGAGUUUGUCGUUAUUUAACUUAUAUUUCAUCGUUAAUUAAAUCAUGUGUUUUGGAUGUCCCCAUUAAACUGAAUCCAACUUUUUAGAUACAUUUAAGAUAAUUUAAUGUCUCUUUGCUAAAAAAUAGUCAUUCCCAACUAGGCGUCGUUUUUCGCAUUUAAAAAUAUCAUCUAAAGUCUAAAAUGUUAGUUUGGCCAAAAUACUUUGUUAUCACCCUGCAGGAUAGUUUAGACUUUAGACUCACCUAAGUAACUCCUACGUUCCUAAAACCCAUUUCAGCAUAUAAAGCAACUUUUAUAAAGUAGACCACUUAGCAUUUGUCGCAAUUUGUACAAUGCGUCAAAUGGACUACUCAUCGGGCUAUGAGAGCUGUAAAGUUGGCAACAAAUAAAUUUUUUUAUUAUGCCAAUGGGCUUACACACUAUAACUUUAAGUCGUAAAAGUUAUUAUCGGCUAUUUAAUUCCUGAUAGAUUGACUACGAACUCGAAACUGAUCAGUUUAUUCAAGGUCCAUAGGCCCAGACCGAGCAGUUUAUGUAUAAAUUGUUGGGCCGAAUUCCAUCAGCCAAGGCUGGUAACCGCGUAAUAUUCAGUAACUGCCAACAGGCAGCUAAUAGUACACUUUCGGGUAAGGUGAUAGCAUACGCUAAGGGCAGGUGCUACUCAGAAGCCUUUUACACGUGUUUCGCCGAGAUUAUGCCGCUGCAUGGGGCACCGGCGAGUGGUUCGGCUCGUUACUUGGUCCCGCAGUAUAGUAUCACCUUACGUAAUGAAACCUAAUUUAGAUUUCGACACAGUGGUUGACUAAAUUAAGCAAUCCGUGAAGAGGACUGGUCGGGCAUCAUACGACAUUUUCAUUUGUUUUGAAGUUUCGAAAAUGAGAUAACGGCAGCAACAGAAAAAACGACGACUGUAUGGUAUGAAGGCCAGUCAUCCAGCAACGAUCCAAGGACGCAAGUGUGUGCACAGGCAUCUGUACGUCGCCGCCGGAUCGACAAAUUGAUCAAGUGAAUUCUCUUAUGAGACCAAGAAUACAAUGAUUUGUCGACUUUCUGUUUUCGGCGUGGUCGACGUGCGGAGUUAAACAUAUCACGCCUUUGGUAACCCUAGACAGAUAGUCGUGGAAUUUUUUAAAUCUGAAUAUUACGCUUACGUCAGGUUAAAUACUUAAAGAAGACGUGAUGGUCUACCACAUUAAUAAAAGAAUGAACGUUAUUACAAAUCUAUUCCACAAAGUAUAUUUAAACCUAUCAAGGCAUGAAAAGUCAUUAAGAAAGCGUUAUGCUAAGUAGAUAGUCAUAUUAACCCGCUUUAGCUUUUGCAUUCGGCCAAAAGACGUAUACGUAAAGUCGGCACACUUAAGUAACUAAAUAAUUAUUAAAGUCUGCUGCACGGCGCUUGCUGUCACAAUCCUACUAAAGUAAUUUUUUGACCUUUAUAAAUUGUUACUUUCAAAAUGUUUCACGGAAUAUUGGACUGUGUAUGUCCAUUUAAGUUGAAUUAGUGCAUUCUAAUGCAUAUUUCCCUUUUAACCAUCGUAUUUUAAUUAUGGUUCAGCAAUUUACACCCAGUGAACUAUUUGCGACUGGGUUUGUGUGGACAGUCAGGUGGCGUAUUGAAGAUUUGGGAUAAAUAAACCUUUCUAUUAUUGGACUUAAAGUAUACACUUUCCUGGUUCGUAUGCAAUUAAAUUUCGAGGGAACAAAGUGCCCAUAAAAACGCAGCUUGAUGAUACAUUGACGCUGAUAGUCGCGUUUUCGUUUUACAGGCCGUGUUUUUGAGAAAAUAAAACGAAGAACUUUUUGUGUGGUCAAAAUCUAUUAACUCACACUUUUCGCAGUAUCAGACGACAUGGCAUGCUUAUUUCUUUACGGUAACAUGCUGGAAUAAAUUCCAUUUAUUAAAGUGGACAGGAGGCAAUGAAAUCAGCACAAGCUGUUUUAAGUAUGAGGGAGAAUGAUCGUUACUCAUCGUCCCCCCACGUAGCUGAUGUAACUACUACUAUCAUUGUCGAUCGCUUGAGUUUGUUUAGGACAGCGCCAUGCCACCAAAUAAUUUACGGUCACUUGUGCAAAAUAGGUGUCUUCAGAUAGAUAAAAACAGCGCGAUAGAGUAUAGGCAACUUGGAAACAUAUCAUAAACUUUGUUUUUACUGUUCUUCUUUAAAUAUUCAGUUAGUUCAAAUGACCUUAGUAAAAACGGCAGUUUGCGUAAAGGGCUAACGCAAAAUGUAAAGCACUGGUUGUUUCGCAAUUGCAGUGGAAUCGUUUGCAUGGGUUCAUUCCGAUUCAAGUUAUAAAAAUGUUCAAAUAAAAACCUAUUUUCAAUGCGUAUACUAUCGGUUUGGUAGGAGCUCCUGUGUGUACAAAAUAGGGACGGAAGCCUUCCUCAAGGACGAAAAGGUGACGCGUCUAACUGUUAAAGAAUAUGGCAAUACUGCAUGCCCCCAAAGGCGGCAUUUUGAAAUUACCGAAUUUUUUGUGUUUGCGGACUCUGUGACGGCAACAGUUUAUAACUUUAUGACUUUUCAUGCAAUCAUCUGCGUUUUUUCGAUUCUCCAAAAAUUUUGAGUUUUUUGAAUAGUUGGUCAUAAAAAUAGAUUUUAUGCUAUUAUUUAUCAGAAAGCAAGAAAUUAGAUGCUAAAUGGAGUCAUUUACCGUGGAAGAGACCGCGUAGAUGGGCUUUUUGUGAAGACUGUUGUUUGGAUCGCGCUGAUAGACUCGCCCACACACAAAACCUCCUUGCCGAAAAAAACAAACUUCAAAUAACACAUGUCAUGGCGAAGAAUGAUAUUGACUAAUUUACAACGUUUCUCUAUCAGUAACGUUUUCUGAAGUUCUAUAAAAGUUUAUUCGUCUGAGGAAUGACAACAUGCUUUACCCUUCAACAACCUAAAGCCAAGUAAAGAAUUGUCGCUUUUUGCGUUUUCCAUGUGCCUUUCAUAUUUACAAUUUGUCUCUUAUUAAAAAAAGCAAUUGGUUUUUACUAUCUUCGCGUGGUAUUAGAGUCUAUUUUUCGCAUAAAAAUACGCACAGGCAUUAUUACUUACAUUUUGGUCAAACCGUAAGCUUUUCCAUGUUACGCUCCUAAAUAACGUAUAAGCAGAAACCAGAUCAAACAAAAAAAUCAUUCUUUAUGUCCCAAUCAUAAUGUAAUGACAGUCAACAGUGACACUUUUAAAAAGGCUAAGACACCGUGGGUCGGCUUAAUCAAACGAUUACCUAUGGACGUUAAUAUUGUACUUCAGUAAACAAAAACAAACAGUGCUGCGAAUUGGAAUUUAGAUAUUGACAAGACAUCUGCAUUAAAUGAAGGGGCUAUCCACUAUGUAACCACAUCUUCCGUCAGAAUGAAUUUAAAAUUCUUUACGACAAAGUGCAGAGUUUGCUAUCAAAGUUCGACGGACUGAAGAUUCACGUCUGCUAUUUAUCCCGUGGCGUAAUCUCUUUAACAGAAACCUUGUUGACCCAGCACGUGGACGAACGAGAGUUUAGAGGUAAUAGGGAAGGGCGUCAGGGGGGAGGCGUAAUCACGUAUGUGAAAAAUAGGAUAAAUGUUUCAAACAAAACCGAUAACUUUCCAUGCACUUCCGAGACAAUCUGACUGUCUAUUUAAGUGCCGAGUUCGCCUAGCCUCGAUGUCCUGACAGUUUAUCUACCGCCGAGACGGGACAACAUGGCCGACGAUUGCCUGCUGAAGGAGCUCGAAAUGUUCGCUACGCGACCGGAUAUCCUGAUCAUGGGCGACUUUAACGCGCCUCAUAUUGACUGGAGCUCGACCCAUGCAAAUAGUUCGGAACAGACCUUCAAUAGCAGUUUUCUGAACACGGCACUAAAGUCAUUUCUCACUUCACACGUCAUGCUUCACACACAACAGGCCAACUGCCUUGAUCCUAUCCUUACGAAAUCACAGGACAGCAUUGAUAAGGUGUCUUGCCCACCCUUUUCAGGCAAAAAUAUUCACGUCGUUCUUCUAUGGGAUUACUCGCUUUUUCCAUGCUCGUGUGAUACAAAAAUGAUGCCUGAAUAGUAACUUUUUAAUAUAUCUUUGUAGAUACUUCACCAAAACAAAGGUCGGCGUGAUAUUUUUGUUGAAACCUUCUGUCGGAUAUUUACUAAUAGGUAAAGUCCAUAAAACAUUUAUUUUUUCUGGUAAUUUAACAAAUUUGGUUUGUUUUUCAUAUUUUUGGAUAUGUUUAUGUCGUCUAAGUCGAAUUAAUGAUUAAAAAUCGCAUGCAGUCAUUUUUGUGGAGCGCCCGUUGUUACAGUCUGAACAUUGUGUGGACUGCGUCUUUGUGGUUAAUUUAACAAGUUGUGACAUAAUGUACACAAGAAGAGUUUAUGUAUAUUUGGAGAAACUAUAUUAGGCCAAAACCAUUUCCUGAUAAUUACAAGCAAAAAAUACUACUUAAUCAUUGUUAUACGGGUAAAGAUAGCGAAUAUUUGUUCCUAGUAUACGGGCAGUAACUUUAGAAACGUCCUAUUGCAUAUAUAAGUGGAGUGCGUUUCUUACGUUCAGACCACCCUUAUGCUUCUACAGACAGUAUCAAAAACGGUAAACUGCACAUGAAGCCAAUCUACCAUGAGUUGUCAGUCAUUCUUGCCUUUAUAACCACUGCAAUUAAUUACAUAAGGGAGAUAGAAGAGUGCGCCUGGGUUGAUGAGAACUACGAAUGAAUACUUCAAUAGCGCAAAGUCUUAAUGGAUAAAAAUGACGCUUUUAAAAGAUGUUAUUGCUUUUACAGAAAUGGGCACAACGCACUGAACAUUCGUUUUAAAUCCUCGUGUUAUCAAAAGGAGUAAGGAAGUCAUGACUCAACAAUUUUUUUUAAUAAACAAAAAAGCAAUCGUUAAAGUGACUGUUUCGGGCCGUCAAUAAAUAUUUCUAAAAGGCCAUCAGAUGUUCUUUGUUGGACACAUUCUAUUUAUCGUUACUGCCUCUUCUAACAAAUUAAUUACUAUAUGUGCGAAGUAGGUUUCUAAAUACGUUUGUUAUAAAACAUGUUUAAAAUAUGGCGAAAGUGAUUGCUAUAUUAUAUAAGGUAAAUUGUCCAUGCAAAACCUUGUCCUCUACCAUAUUCAUACAUUCUUGCAUGCUGUUACAUAGAUAAUGAUUAACACACUCUGGGCAGUUUCUCCAAACAAUACACUUAAAUAUCGCUUAAAGGUCAAAGUGUGUAAGGUAUCCAGAAAGAAAACUGAACAUGUCACAUUAAAGAACCAGCCGUUUAACGCAUUAGAAAUGCCGAAUACAAGUCUGCGGUAUUUAACUUCUUAAAUUAGUGUAACAAGGAAAAAAUGUUUUCGACUUCGGAGGAGGACUUCAAAGUGUUUUAACAUUGAUUACCUUGCAGCAUAAUCCUGACUUGUUCCAGUCACGUCGGGAUUCCAAUAUUCUAAUUUGCUUCUUUUCAAUCGCCUGCAAAACAGCGCUCGACUAAAGGAUAAUUGAUGUGCAAUGCUUUUCAGCAUAUUUUCUAUGGUCGUUUAAGUUUGGGUGCAUGAUAUGGAAAGCACAUACAUAUACGUCAUUCACUCAUUCAUUUGAAAACAACAUAUGCCCUGAUAAAAUUCUGUUUUUAAGAUAAAAAAAUCACGUUUUGAAAUCUUGCAACCAAGAGGCUUUCACACCAUGACGACAUAUUUGUGGGAAAGGGAUAUUGAGGUUCGCAACGAGAAAUUUAUCCUAACACAAUUAUGAUACAUUGUUGCAGAUAAUAAAGCGGACAUUUGUAAACGGAUGCACUGAUGACCGAAUAACCUAAUUUGCAUAAUUAGCGCAAUGAGCUUUUGAAUGGACUGGCUCGAGGACGCAUGACCAUGCUUAGUGGAUGCAUCUUAAUAUGGCCGCCAUACCACCCUCACGAACGUGUAAUUCGAGCUCCAAUUUCUGUGAAAAUGUUCUACAGUAUACUUGGAUAGACCAGUUCAACUUUUUCAAUCCCUGUGCUCAAACCUACCUCUGAUCAUCUCGCUAUGCUCUUGCCAUCUUAGUCUGAAGAUAGGGAGAAUAUAGUGCUGUACGUACCGCGCAGGUAUGUCUUACUAUAAGAUAGUUCACGCGCCAGUCAUCCGUACUGCGCCCACUCAGUGGGGCACAAGGUUGACGCCGUCGUUAGCGACGGUCGAACCCUCAUACAGAAGAUGGAGGUACCUACAGAGACAGAAGAGAUUAAGGCAAUCGCCGUCUGCCGAUCAUGCGCAACCGCAGUUCUCUAUGACUCAGGGUUCUCCCCUUAAUUCUUCGACCAUUGUACGUCAUGUAGUCCCUACAACCACGUGUCUAUGAGUAAAGUAGAAAAGCACCUCAAAGUGUUCCGUGGAUCAACAACUGCCUGACCGGAUCGUGUCUCCCGCUUUCUUCCUUAACCUUGUUCUCAGAUAGCCCCUGCUUAAACACACCUGAUAAGCACUCUUUCAUGGAGUCCAAUAUUCCUGACGCCGGGUUGUGGUUAAAAUCCCUCCACCCAUAAACAUUUGCUCAUUUUGGUCCUAAAUAUUUACAACCAAUUGCCUGCUCUUUGGCACUACUGGUACAUGCUGAACGAGUUGCUCUGGAUAUUAUAACGUUAUCAUCUACCAGUAUGACCUAGGGCUCUGAUUGAAAUUCUUCCAUAAUUCUUCGUCAAGUAGUCCGUUCAUCCACCAACCAACAACUGUCUUAAUAUGUAAUGGUGAUGCCUAUGGCUUAUGAAUGCUUAUGGAAUCUGGACAUCUGCUACAUUUGUUACUGCAUUUCUCUUGACUCUGGUGACAUAUUUUUGCAAAAAGAAUACUUCAUGAACAAGAAAUCGUUUGAAAAUGCAGUAAUACCUGACUACCAAGUUCCGUAAUUCAGUCAAACAUUGAUUAAAAACAGUUGCUUUAUAAAGAUAUUCGUCCCUCCUUAAAUUAAAAUUCUUGAGGUGAAUCACCUUUCUCUGUACGCAAAUAGGCGACGCAAAAGAUCCAAUUGAACACUAAGGAGGCCAUAUUGAAAUCUGAAAGGGAUUAUCUAGAAAAAACACUCACAACAAAUGUCGGCAUAGGGAGUGCGGCGCCAGACCCAGUUGCCGGCACACGUCGCGGCAAAAGGGGUUUGUGCUGCUCCAAUAUUAAAGCUUGGCUAAGACGCUGGUUAAAUGUUUUCUUGUGGACCAGGGGAUGUCGUGGUAGGCCUACAGGCGAUCCUCUCCAAAUUCUGGUCCUUUUGACUACAUAUGUCUUGACACCUGACCCAGAUGGGCAGGAAGAGAAAGUGCGUAUGGAACUCAUGUCCACUUUCAUUAAAAUCCGAUGCACCCGAAAAUCAUGGUGCUUAAUCUCACCCUAUUGUAGAGCACACGACGUUUAAACUAUCGAAUUUCUUACUUGACUGCACGACUCGGAAAAACUAAGCACCCAUGACAUUUUUUUGGCCACGAAAACAAAUGAAUAGGUCAUAUAAUUGUCUGUGUGACAAAGCCAUUCUUCGAUCAAGUGGAAAUUAAGACAUAUAACACAGGGUAUUUAACUAAUGGUGCGGCGAUACCUAUACCGACUUUCGCGUCAGAUCGUCAAACUUCUGGCUAUGUAACUAUUUGUUUUUAGGGGGAUUAAUUACAAAAAUUAGCUUUUGAUUUAGAAUCUGUGGGAUAACCGUUGUUUUUAGUGAAUAUCGGGCCACCGCAAGCAUAUAUCCAUAGGUAGUUUUCAUUCUCAGUUUGUGAGCGUGUGAUGAUGGUGUAAUGAUACGCUUAUGUUCUAUAGGAUACAUUAAUUCUAUACACUUUAAGCAUUUGAAACCGUGCUUAUAUUACUUAUAGUCAUCGGCAAGUAAUUCUGUCUUUGCUGCAAUGCACUCGUUGAUGGAAAUUCGCCGAAAACUAGUUGUUAUGACUUGGUUUACAGACGAGCAUCCACAUCUGCUCGUCCAUGCAAUCAUAUUCAUCUUGCUCCUUUGUCCUUUGAUCAUGAAGGUGACGGUGUCCCUGUAGACGUUACGCUGAAAAGUGCACUGAAGGAGAACAAGGCAAAAACUACGAAUUACUGGAUGCGUUUAUUAGUACUUUCUUUUGAUAUUCGCAUCACUGAAUGGAGUGUUUGAAUGCAUUUGACUUAUCGGACAAGUCAUUGUUCUACGAGUUUUUUGAUUCGGUUAACUGCCUAUAUAUGUACUAAGUCAGUAACCACUUAGUAAUCAGGCCAACAUUUUCAAGAUAAUUAAUAAGAAUAUGUCUUGAAAGACGAAUAUUGAAGGUAAAAUAUUAUUUCCUGUUCCAUGUGCACGUAAUAAAAACUCUAAUUCAGUCAAUUCGACAGGCUUCUUCAAUAUAAGAGAAACCCUUGAAACAAACGCUUUCCCAUCAGUUUGGAGUCGUCGUCUAUAAUUUUACAUUAAUCUUUUCUGUGCCCUUAGUCAUUGAGCCGGUCAUUUGAGUGAGGGCAGUAAAGCAAACUGACAGAGGCUUUUGCAGUGUAUGAAUGCCUAUCGGGACAUGACAUUUUAAAUUAUGCUUUCAGGGUCUGAUGUCGGCCUUUCUAUUACGCGUUUGAACUACCGCUUAAAGCCCCUUUCGACGACAUAUAAUUAAAAAGCCACAAGUAUUGCGCAAAAUGAGACGCCGUAUAUCAGGUUUGAAGUAGGUCAUCAGGGGAAAUUUGAUUUAUGAUAUAGGGAAAGGCUGUGGGUCAACUUUUGCCUGACCAUCAACCCGAACUGUGAUUUAUGUUUCCGUUUUGAGCUUACAUUUUGGGCAAAUUUUGGUUAAGGUAUAUGCAAAGUUUAUGAGGAACGAAUUUUCUUAAAAUUCACGCAAAAGGCUAAAGAAAAAUUAACAGGUUCGAAUUCUAAGUUGUUAGCUAAACUAUAGCGAAUGUGUUAAUAGGUCCUAUCCCACAACAGGGGAUAUACAGAUUAAAUAUUACCGGGAUGUAAAUAUUUUUUACUGGGCAACCACACAAGUAUGGAUGAUUUCUCGCCAAAAUUUAGAACAGUGCAUUGUAAAGUCAGAGUCUCUAAAGCCACGUUGGACCGAACUGCACUUAAAUACAAUUCAUCAUAAAUACAAUCUUGCUAGGACAUGAAUAGGUAUAAGAAUGGACUCAGAGUGACAAAUUCAUUAAACGAUUUAGCGAUUGGUUGGGAGUCCAAUUUGGAUGUAGAUGCUUCUUCGGGUUGCGUUGAUACACUUGGCCAAACAUGCAACCUCCUUGUCAAAACAAUGAACGGCCAUAACAUACUCCAACGGCGAAUAUUCCUUUAAUUAUUUAAAAUUUUCUCUAUAUGUCAUUUUUUUAAAGCUAUUUAACGGUUUAUAUCCUUCACGGCUGUCAGCGCAAUAUAACCUUCUACAUUAUAAAGGUUAUUUAAAAUUUAAAAUCAUCUGACCACCUUUUUCACCUGCUUAAACAUUUUCGCAUAUUUAAAAAGCAAACUAAAUAAUUUGGUUUGUUGUUUAUAGUACAGUAGUUUCGCUAUUUUUCCUUAAAUGACGAGCACAUUUUGCGAUUAUCAACUCAUUUAAGCAUUCCCAUUUGCACAACGUCACCUCGAUUAAGCCGCAAGAUUUUGGCUGUUCCACUUCUUAAUUAGGUAUAAGCAGAAACUCACUCGUAAAAAUGCAUCUUUCUUUAUGUUCAAAAUUUAAAAUAGUGCCAGUCGCUCAAACAAAUCGAAAAGACUACCUCCUCCAUCUGUACGCUCCUUCCACCUUUUUCUAUUUUAUGUUGCACACUCACAGGCUCGGCUGGUGCCCUCCUGUACGACACUGAAAGCUUAGGACAAUUCAUGUAGUGUCCCAGUGACAGCGCGCUAAUUUCUUCGUGAUAUCAUCUAGGCGCAUCUGGUUUAGCGCCUAACUGAAAUACAUUCUUAAGUCCUGAAGGAAACCUUAAUGCACCGUGCAUAAAGUUGAGGUUCAUGCCAAUUUAUAAAGAUUAAAAUGUGUAGCACUUGGAAUUAAGAGCAUUUUAAUGGGCCUGUGUGACGAACAUCGCUACACAAUCAAUCGCAACAAAAUUGUUCUGAGCCAUGUAUCCGUGUGAUGAACAAACGAUCUUGAUUUUGUCUCUGUAUGGUUGAGGAGGACAAGUAAACCAGGAAUGUUAAGUCGACAUGCUUAAUACUCUGCGUGACAGUCAAAUAUCGGCACAAUUUUGAUUAGUCAAAAUUCCCUCGUAAUAAACUAUGUACUUAUAUGCCUCAAAACGUGAGCACAUCCACUGUAUCGUUUUCGCACAAUUGUCUGCAAAGGUUAUAAAAGAAAAUAAAUGUUUACACAUGACACAGUUACCAAAUGUUCGCUCACAUCGGCCCACUUCUAGUAUUUCUUCUCUCCGCAGGAGCAUGUAGAUGGCUUGGAAGUAAGUAAAGUGCUGUCUUGAUAUGUGCGAUAUGCCAAUGUGGCAAAUAUGCCGUCCUAUUGUAUGAGAAGAAUGCUAGCUUGUUUUACUUAUUAAAUAAAUAUCAAAAUGGGUCUUCUCUUACAAAAUGUGCUCAAGUGAUUUAAGUUGAUUGAAACCUCCACAAAUAUGGCUGACAACUAUUUGUUUACAUUAUGGCGGAGAUUGAGAUAGUGAUAAUGAAUUUGAAAUCCAGAAUAUGAUCAAAGAGUAAGUACCUGCUGCACGAAAUUUACGAUCGAAAUGCGGCUGUCGAGUAUUGAUUAUACUGACAGAUAACACACAAUCAUCUCAAAAUAUGUUAGACAAAUAAAUGUUUUGUUGUACAUUGACAACACAUAAUCUUUUUAUUGACUCCCAUUUCUUGAACACCAUUAGACAGGGAUUUUCAGCAAAAAAACUAAAACAAUGUUUAUUGCAAUUGAUUAUACAUAGAUUUAUUUUGACGCAUUGUUGUGGUAAGGAAGUAUGCAACGUAUUGUGCCUAACGAUAAAAGUGCGUCAACAUUUUGAUCCGAGCUCCUCAAUCAGCCUGCAACAAAUCCUAUUUUCGCCUACCUUUGGUAAAUUUCGAACUUACCUUUUACGCUUGGUCAUUUCCCUAUUUUUAUUUGAGCAACUAAACAGUGCCCAAUCGAUGGAGUCCAGCUUAAUUUGGAUCAUGUGGCCAAAAAUUUGCUGAUGCAAGCACCCCGCAUUUACGCUACUCAAAUUUCAUAUCAUGAUCUCAUCCUGCGUGUAGACGUGGUGAUUGAAGAAGAAGCAACGAUCGCUAACCUCGAGUUUUUGGCGAAUAAUAUGCAGGCGAAAUACAUGCAGUACACAUGCAGUCUAGUGUACCCGUCCGUACACAUGACAUUUCAUUCGCCGGUAAGAGUUUGGCAUUUUGAGGACUUGAACAACACUAUUACUUUAGGUUCCCGACCAAAUGACUAUGCUAUCAUACCCAUGCUCACGUCUGACUCAUUUGCAAUUCCUUAGUAUUUUGAGUGGCAGUUUAGCAUUAGGCUGUUGGAGCGCUUCAUAUAGCCUGCACAACCUUAAGGUAAAGGCCGUGAUUGACUACGCAUACUGGGGAGAGGAAAAUCCAUUCCCACGUGUAGUCCUGUUGUCCAGGCUGGAUGGAUUUCAUGCUUUUUUACAGAGGCUGCUGUAUAAAUUAAAAUUUCCAAAACUAUUUGAAGGAAACAUAAGAAAGUUACGAAACAUACUGCAGCAAAAAUUCCUUAAUGCGGGACCUUUUAAUUGCCGUAUAUAGCAGCACCGUGGUAACUGUUUGGAAUUCACUGUUGAAAAGUUCUAUCUGAUUAUCAACGUUAUUUAAAAGCAUGAGCAUGUUCGAAAUAAAGCUGUUCUUUAACGUUUCCUACAUCAUUAGCAAAUGUUGCCAAACAAUCUCGUUAAUGUUCAUAACCGAUAAUUCUGUUGAGCGUUAUUUCGGCCUUUUCGUGUUCGUUGCUCAACAAACAUGAUUCAUAUCAGCCACCUUGAUAAUGUCGCGAAUUUUGCGUUCAUGAAGGCCGUAUAGGCUAGCAAACCUGAUUAAUGGUGGACAGUGGUCGUUGUGUUGCAGAAUCAUCAUCGGUUUCGCAGGAAAUAUCGUCCCGCAGGAACAAAACUAACCGCAGGCACCUAUGGUACGUGACCGGUAAUAAUGAAUGAUUUUGAGGUUCAACAUGGGAACACGCAGGGGACGAGUUCAAGUAGAUGUUUGCAAACGAAAAUCGGUUGGGAAUGCGAAAAUGUACAUUGCGUGGUUAAAAAAAUUAACUAACUCCUAGCCCAAACUCUAAUGUUUAACUCCAAAUCAUUACCCCUAUUUAACCCCUACCUCAGAUCGCUAACCUCCAACCCUAACAUCUAAAACUACCCCCAGACGUAAUCCCUAACCAUUAAACCUAAUAUCAUCAUCAACAGUUUUGUGUCCCUCUAAUGGGGGCUACAUAACCACGUUUUGCCGAAUAUUUUCAUUGGAGACAAUUUUACUUUUCGCCACCUGUAGACGCGUUUUGCACGUUACAGCCAAGUAAGCAAAUGAUUCGCGUUUUCCCCAUUAAAUAGACGAUAAACCAGAAGGCUUACGAAAUGACUUUAUUAAUAAAUGCAAAUUUGUCUCUUUGUUAGUGUCGUCCAUAAUGACCACGAUAAUGUUUAACAGGAUUUUGUUUGUUGUUUUUCCUUUGCCGUUUUGUGUAAUGGUUAUCUUACUUUUGCUAAACUUGUACAUCAUCUGUCUUACUGCAUUAUGAGAUUGCAAAUUGGACGUAUUAGCUAAUUUCAGUAACUUAUGGGUCUCGCUAAACAGAUGAAUCCGGCGAACCUUUUACAUGUGCAUUAUCUGAGAUUGUGCUGCAUUUAUAGGUCAAUCAGGAUUUACAGUUGCGGCGGACAGAAGGCAGCCAAAUGAAAAACAAUAUACUUUUUGGAAGUUCUAAGUACGCCUGUAUAAAUCAGAAUUAUGUAUUUGCCUGGUAGAGCAGCAUAUGUUCCAUCAAAAAGCCCCUCUCUAAAACAUAUCGGAUGGAUAUGCGAAGACGGUGUAAAAUAUAUUAGUGAAUGGCAUUGCAGCAGUGUCAAUACCGGUCAAAAAUGUAUUGCAGACCCAACUGUGGAUUGCUUUUUGGCAAUGUUUGGGUGUUUUCCUAAUAUAAAUUAUGUGAGGACAAAUAUGUGGGAUAAGAGGUCAUAAAUCUACCACAGAGUCAUUUUGUGUGUUGGUUGGGUACGCCAGUGCACAAAUAGGGGACAAAGAGCCGUCUACACCGAAACUACAGUUAGUGACCUAACUCAUGAAAUGUGCCGAAAUUUACGAAUGAUUGCCAAUCACUCGCAACCCGACACCAUUUCAUGAGUCAAAUGUCCAUGUUAAUUAAGUACAUAUUAAACGGAAUUAUAACAAAGAAGAAACAUUGUAGGCAGCGUUGCGUCGUUUAGAAAUUCCGAUUUACUUUGAAAAGCGCAUUGUCACGAUAACGUCAGAAAUGUCUCUUAUUUGGUAAACUCCAUUUCUAAAUGUAUAGAAUGUAUUUUCAUACCAAAAAUAUAGUACAUAUGAAAGUAGACAUAAAAUGACGUCUUAUAACAGUGUUUUUGGUGAAUUUUACAUAUAAAUAUCGUUUAAUAAAUAGUGUGAUUUCAAAUAUGACGGUUUGUCAACUGCCUUCAUUCCGUGUUUAGAUUUUAAAACAGUUUUCCAGUGUUUUGGUUUUAAUUUUAUUUCUUUGAUGCAAAUGAGAUGGUGUUCACCGAGAGAAGCUGGACUUUGCUUGAUUUCACCGAUGUGGACGUCUUAGGAACAAACGUUUUCGUAAGGUGAGGUGCUAUGAAGCGGGUCCGUGCCUGAUAAAUUUAAAUAGAACUGACAGGCGUGAUCGUUAACAUACCAUUUUGUAUUUAUAGGGAGAAUUAUUUUCCAUUAAAUUAAGUUACACCACUCGUUCGAUUUGGAUUAUGAUUAGUUUCAGAUGGGCCUCGAAGUAUUACUGAAUAAUUCAUAUUGACCCAACUGUGAAAAUAUCGGCGCCUCGGUGGGAUUCGAACCCACGCAGUAAGGGGAAGCCUCCCCCCUUACUGCGUGGGUUCGAAUCCCACCGAGGCGCCGAGUUUUUCACAGUUGGGUCAAUAUGAAUUAUUCAAAAUCUGCCAAAAUAUCAAUGUAUUACUGAAUACUUCAUGAUUUUCAGUGUUUUCAUUCGAUCUUCCAUAAAGGCAGACUCCGAAUCACCUGCCUGUUGGGAACUUUAAAAUAAAGUUAUUCUUGAAAGCAUUUACCGAAUAAGUAAGAUAUCGUACGCUCUUAUUCACGAAGAUGGUCCUUUUUGUCACAUGUGAAGACUCAUUCAAACCUCAAACUUCAUUUUCGAGAAAAAUGUUUGCCCACACGAUACCAGCAACGAAUUUGUUUUCGAUAAAUAAGAAAACUUUCCUUAAUAAGUUACCUCUUUAAGAAGUGCUUUAUUACUGCACUUCGUUAACGGAUCUCUGUGUACUUAGCAUUUAUUCACUGCGAUGCCAAGAAAUAAUGUGACACUUUUGGCCCUUCCUUUCACGUUCCUAAGAAAUACUAAUACUUUUCUACCGUAAACGCAAAAGCAUACCUUCCUCUAUACAGUGAGGCCAUUUCCACAGUUUUUGCUCGCUUUUAGACUCCGUUCUUCGAUUAUGAAUGGACGGCAAAGCGCCCAUAUAAAUACUGAUAUUUUGCUAAAACUACAAAUUUUUUGCUCGUCACCUUUUUUUAUAAGUCAUGCACAAAAGCUUACCUACACGAAAAGUAGUGUUUUAUAUGUUUAAAGCUGGAAAUGACCAUUCCGUGUUGAUCAUCUAUGUAACAUCACGUAGAGUUUUCCUAACGGCAAAAGAAUUUCAGCCUGCUUCAACGAAGGAAUCCAUAUGAGCACUUUUGAGCAGCAAAUGACAUGGGUCCGCUACCUUCACACUUAGAAGUUGAUAAAAUCUCUAGUUUUCUAAAAAUAACCUUUGUCAUAGCAGAUUGAUCACCAUGGUGGACAUCAAACAUAAAAUAAAUUUUUAAGUUCGGCUAAAUCUGUUUAUUAAAACUCUUGCGGGUAAAUUACUAUCCUUUCAAUAAAAAAGCCGCUUAAAUGCGUAACCGGAGUCUAGGACAUGUACUAUCAUGGGAAAUUGCACAUAUAUAUUCCAACGUCCACUUUCGUUAAAAUUUACUGAUAUUUUAUUUGAUACAAUUACGUAAACACAUUUGCUGUACAAGAGAAGGGCAUUUUAUGAGCAAAAUGGAUAAACGAACAAAAUGCUCAACAUUAAAGGCGUCCAGAAAUUCUCUGAUCAGCUUCCAUUAUCGGAUUUCAUGAGAUAGGUCGCGUUCUGUAUGUCGCUACUAUUACAUAAAAAACAAAUUAACUAUUUGCCCGAGCGUUUUCAUUUGAUAGGAAAAGAGUGCUUUAGCGUAAAAUUUUUUUGUACUGGUUUUUAAAAUACGCAUUCUUUUGGAUAAUGUCCGUUUGGGGUGGGGAGCGCUAGUAGAACUAAGUGGCGUCGGUAACAAUAGCCAAAAUUUGCUUAAUUAUGUAAGCUAAAAUUCAUGUUGAGCGAUAGCCUACAGCAUUAGCUUGUUGCAGCAGACUGUAUUUUGGUUAUUAGGCAGAAUAAUAGAAAAUUUAGCUAGUUUUAUUAGAUGCGGUCUGAAAUAAAUUUGCCUAAACGUCACGAUUUUCUCAGGUGCUGUUGUCUACUUUCUGAAAAUAAGGUGACAAAACAUAUCUAAAUAAGGAUUUAGUGAAGGCCCCUAAGUAUUUCCAGGCGGCCACAGUCGCCUGUUAUACAGAAAAGUCGGUAAUAGGGGUUUUACGAAUGAAGCAUCUAGGUGGUAUACUAAAUGCCGAAGAUGAGGGAAACGCGGUAAAUAUUUUAAAGUUUGAAUCAACGUGUAUAAUAACCUUACAUGUAAUAACGAAAACAACACGGAAAAUUUAAAAAAUAAACAAUAUGAAAGGCUUGAUUUGCGGACCAAUUUAUGUUAACCGCUAAUAAAUAGUUUGCAUCAGGAAAUGUAACACAGUCGAAUCCAACCAAUCAGAAUGAACGCAAAAAGAUAAGGGAGACCAUUACUCAGUUUUUUGAACAGUAGUGCAAUUACCAUGGGCGCUAUGCCGACGAUAUCCGACCAGAACGUUUUGCAAAAUGGAUGACCACAAACGUAAACCAAUAGCAGACUGCGUCGUUUUAUCUGUGUGAUAUUAGUUUUUCUGAAUGCAGUAGACGUGGAAAUAUUUUGGUAGUCUAUUCCGAGUUAGUAAAAAUCCAAAGACGUUAUCUGGCCAGUUGUCUUUUCGCAAUACGAUAUUUUUUUCUCGAUAUCACACGCUUUUUCUGCAAAAGCCAAGGGAAUUGCUCAACGUCAACCGCAGCGUCAAAUUCAAUGUGAUCAAAUAAUGGAAAAAAUAAAUUUGGAGAAGUUAGUGGAUUACUGCCGGCGGAAAUGACAUGACAGUGUAUAAACAUAAUGAAUUAGCAUGACCGACGGUGCCCCUCGAACGGCUUUGUAUUACUAUAGGUCCGUUUCCGAACGAAAAUGAUCCCGAUAACCGGCUCUAUGCUUACGAACAGUUGGCUAACAUACUGCGCAAUUAUUAUGCGCCGAGCCAAUGCGCCUAUGUUGGCGAAGCGCAAUAGCGCCCGUGGUGUGACCUAUAUGCACUGGAAAUGAUGGAAGCACCGGAAGUCUUUUUAUCUUACGCAGCAGAUGCAUAACCACUGUGAGGGAAAGUAGACGUCGAAGAAAAUGACAUAAGUUUAAGUAAAACGUAUUGUACAAAAAAAAUUGAAGUCAUUUUCCCUAACAAAGGGAUAGUUUUGUCGUCCUUUUUUUCAUAAUCAGUCAUAUUUGUUCAAGAAUAACGGUAUGGCGGAAAUAAACCUGAUUGUAUCGUCAUGAUUAAUCAUAUAGCGAGCCGCGUCAGCCUUAAGCCAGCUGGCAUUUCAGUGUCCGCCAAGGAUGAAUGAAGUCAAUUGAUGGCCUCUCUGUGAUAUAAAAGUGUUUGUACAGCAGUGUCCUGUAUCGAAAAGAGAGGUCGCACGAUCACUUGUGAAUUCUCUAAGAUCACGGAUCGGAAUUUUAUGCGUACCCAACCGACUAUCUUCGAAUUGCAUCUAUGUCGGACUAUGAUAAACGACCCAUUUGAUCAGAUGCUGCCUAAGCAUCACAUCACAGCAAAAAAGUAGAUAAUUCUAAGUCUGGCGUCGUCCCAAUGCUAUGAAGUGAUGUCUACAAUCAGUGACCCGCCCGAAGGGAUUCUGUCGACAUAUCGCACCACAACUAGUGGUAGGAAAUUCUAGGGCAAACUGCAACGUCCUUAAUGGAGAGGCAAGGUUACGCGAUCGUUUGCCAACUUUCUAAGCUAAGAACAUUGCGGAUUAUUUCACGGGAGAUUAACCGGCCUCCUCCUAGUAGUAUGUUGUAAUGCCGAUGAUAAGCGACCCAGUCGCGAUAAAGGAGUUAAGACUGACAGCAGUUUCUCAAAUGUCUGAGCUAAAGUCAUGGUAACUUAUGCAAUGGAAAGUCAGAUGGGAGUCCCCCCUAAUCGUAUGUGUAAAAAUCGACGAUCAACGGCCAUGUUAAGGAGAGUAUUCAAUUAAGCAUGACCUACUUUAGCGCGUAUAAUAAGCAUUCUUUGCACGCCGUUACCAUUUAUUAGGCCUUCAGUAGAUCCGAACUCAUUUCUGAAAUCAGGAUUUUGUAGGUUUUUGAUAGAUUCAAGGCUACUUAAGCCCUUAUUUCUCUUCUCUGAGCAAAUGUGCAUCCGCAUUAUACUUUGAUGUUUUUUAUUCUCAUUUUCCUACGAUAAUUUCAAAGGCCUGCGAUUCGGACCUCGGUAGAUAAAUUUACGCUGAUUUAACCCACUGCUGUGUGUGAUGUUUGACCAGCGGAGUGAGUUUUAUUGACAACCAUGCGUCUGUUCUGUAUUAUUUUGUCUCACGUGGCUUGCGCUUCACGUCAGAAUGCGUACGCGCAGAUAACAGUAGGGCAAAGUCACAUUAAAAAAGGCUACAAGAUGAAAGACACCCGAAGUCCUGUAAACUCUCUUUCAACCUAAUCCCAAUGCGACCACAGGUUUUUAUGAGUGUCUGAUUGGUCAGUUGUGAGGUCAACACACUGAUACUGGUGAAUACUAACAAGACCAAAAUCUCUCCUACCGCUUCCGGCUCAGCCGACGCCAUCUUAAAUAUGAAUUAGGCCGCGCCUAGUCAGUCGCUUGCAAACCCAUCUCACCGAUACCACUGGUGUCAGGGGCACUGAAACCUAAUCGUCAUACCUGUUGUGCCCGCAAUCGCUUCCAUAUGACAUUCGGACAGUGCAUGAGCCUAUUUGGUCAUAUGUAUUUCCAUGGAUAUAUUCGGCAAACAGCGCUGUUCAGAGUCCAUCACCACACCGUGUCCUGCAUCGCCGCAUGCAUCUUAGGUAAGCAUAUUAAUGACACCUACACGCAACACUGCACUUCUUCCUAUCUCUCACGGCAUGCAUACGAUGCACUUUUCCAUUGCCGUUAUCGCGGACGAAUGUCGCAUUUCACUAGCAGCAAGUCCUUCGUUAGUAAACAGUUUGCCAUAUUAUUUAGCCGGAGAUACAGUAGGUGAGUUAACUCAUGCAAUGCCAACCAAAAUUCUAAAAUGCGUUUUCGUUUUAAAAAGAUUAAUUAAGUAGGGUUGUAAGAAGGAUCAUCAUGCAGCGUUAUUGUAUAAUAAAUCGGUAACCACAGAAUGCCGGCUAUCGAAAUAACUUUUUUCGGCAUCAUGCAAAGACCACAUGGUGUAAAAUAUGAUUACGUAAUUAGAAUGUAUUUGUCCCGUUUAUUUUCGGCGUCCUUAAUAAUUUAAUUAUAUUUCAUAGGAAAAAUGCAUAAAAAUAUGCAUUCGUCUAUGUAUUUCGUAAGAAAAUACGUGUUUCUUCCAUUUUAUACUCAAAAGAAGGGUAUAAUGCGGCUUUCAAACACCUUUCGAAUUCUAGCAUAAUUUGAACCCAGUAUGUCGUUACACUUACAUUUCGGGUCUGCAAAUUACGAUCCGCGGAUUUUCUACGUACUUAAAACCCUAUCGUUCUCUACGAUAUUAAGAGGAGACUAUAUAAAAUUCAUAAAGUGUACCAAUGGAUUUGAGCCGUAUUCAGACUUUUACAAGCCACGUCGGUUAAUGCACAGACAUGACGUUUUGUGAAAGGGCAUUUCCUGGUUUUAAAAAACCACACAAUCGGAAACUUUUAUAAAACCUAUAAAUCCCCUUCUUUUGAGUAAAAACGUUGAAAGCCGAUCUAAUUUACUACCGAAUAAACGAAAAAAAAAUAUAUAUAUAUAUACUCGUUUUUCAUGAAAUCUGAUUGGACUUGUAGGACAUUAAAAAUCAAUGAGAAAAAUGCAUUCUAAAUAAGCAGUCAUUUUUACAGAGUAUAGGUUUUGCAUCACGUCGGUAGGAAGUUAUUUCGAUAGGCGACUUCCCGUCAAAACUUAACUAUUAUAGAAUGAUGCUGCAUGAUAAUAUGUCUUAGAACACAACUAAAUUAAUCUUUUCAAGACAAAAGUGCAUUUUGGAAUUUCUGUUAACAUUUCGUGGGUCAACCCACCUACUGUAUACAGUGAGGAUCGACUCACUCCUGAUAUCCAAAGACGUCAAGAAUCCAUCACCACACCCUGUCCUGCAUCGCCGCAGGCAUCUUAGGUACGCAUAUCAAUGGCACCUACACGCAACACUAGACUUCUUCCUAUCUCUUACGGCAUAAUUGCCAUAUACUAUUCCAUCGCCGGUAUCGAGGACGAAAGUCGCAUGUCACUAGCAACACAUUCCUUGUUAGUGUUAAGCAUUUCAUUUUAUUUAGUCGGAGAUAUGCAUUGAGGAGCGACUAACACGUGACAUCUAAAGACGAGCUGCAAUUGUGCGUAAUCGCACCGUCACUGACUAAAAGAUCUACAGAAUGAACUAAAGCAUCCAGAAGAGAGAUAUUUGGGACGCUAUAGAUGAAACUCUCUACAGGGCGCAUCAGAACGCUCCACAAUGGUAAACAUCUGAUACGAAUAUCUUGAUUGUUUGUUAAAUGAUUGUGUAACACCGAUGUUUAUCAGGACGGACAAUGAUGCUGUGUAUAUGACAUAAAAUCUUCAUUUAGGAGCAAAGAAACUCGACGUGGUCCUAGAUCAUUAUGACGUACAAAACUAGCAGACAAGCUUUGGCAUUUAAAAAAACUCUAGAUUCUCAUAGCGGUACUCAGAAAACGCGGUGGCGUACAUAUGUUGAUUCCGAUAAAGUCUCUUCAGACCAGUGCAGUUGUAUGCAAACAGGUUAGAAGCAACAGAAUGUCAUUGAUAAGAGAAAUCAAGUGCAGUGCCUCUAAAAGCACAGGCGGGACGUGGAAAAAUUUAGGGCGCGGUGGGAGGUAAUAGAAUUUAAGGCCAAAGGGCAAGAUGAGAGCUGAAAAGCACGGGGAGUUACAGCUUUAUUUGACAUUUGAUCACUACUGGUGUGGAGACUAAACGAGGUUCCUCUGUGCGCACACAAUUGGUUUUCAUAACCUAGUUGCAUCUGUUUCAGCCCAGCCGACAGACCAUCUCAUAUUCUCUUUAACAGGCGUCGACUAGUGCGACCAGUACAACCUGCUCCACAGGAUAAAAUGGAGGUAUAGAGGAACAUCGAGGUGGUCUGAGCUGGCAAUUUAUCCUUACCUACUCCGCGUAAAAUACGGUUAGUAGAAAAUGAAGCUAGGAAGGUUUACCAAGCAGCCUGAUCAAGGCGUCUCCCUAGGAGUUCACUUGCAGCCUCCGCGUGGAAAGGGAGUUUGAGGAAGAGGGUCUAUCUACCAGCAGUCGAUGCGGUGUGUCUCACUGAUUGUAGGAAAAUGUUUUUUUGCAGCAAACUUGUCAGGACACCCAUUGUCGCGAAGCAGGUCUUGGAUUAGUCUAAUCGACUACUGGAUUUCAUCUGCCGAACUGAUUUUCUAGCUCUGUGUCAAACAUCAAAAUAUAUUUCCUUUUAUUUGAUGUGCAAGAAACUGGCAACUGUUAUGUAUUGUCUAGACCAGGUCGUCUUCCGACGGACGAUCCUUCGGACUCUACCGUUAAGUCUCCUGCCUAAAAGAACAUUAUGAAUCUGAUCAUAGCGCAAGUUUCCACUUCCAAUGUGAAUUAAAUGGACGGGUGUGCCCAAUUUACAACGUUUAAGAAGAUAGCGGUGUAGAUUUCUACGGUUAAAAUUGCAAAGACGUCGACAAAACAGUAAACAUAACGUUUGGGCUUGUCGAUGUGGUCGUUAAGAUGGAAUCUUUCCAGCUUAUCUAUAAAGACAUUGACUGGAGAGGCCCAAUAGGGAUAUUCGAGAAACAGCGUAUCCGAGAUGAUUGAAAUAAUCUGUGACUAAAUUAUUGCCUAACAGCAAGACAACGUUCCAAGAUGUUUUACGGUGGCGAACAAGGGUGAUAUAUGCGUCUUACCCCCUUUACAUGAUAGGAUAUGGAACGCAUAAAAAUGAACAUGAGGACUGCUCCUGUUCAAAUGCCAGAAUGCGCAUGUUGAUCAGCACGCUAAUUCCCCUAAUGGUUGUUUUAGACGGGUGCAAUUGGUUUAGACGUAAGUGAACCUAUGUUUACCCAAAAAUGACUUAUAGGAAUGCUGCCUUUCUUCUUCUGCAUCCUCGCAAAAUGACCCUUAUGUGCAAGUUAAGGAUGGUACACAUUUACAAAAAUUCACUAAGAUCCGUCUCUUUUUUUUACCCUACUUUCUGCUCGACAGAGUAUGGCUGCUGUUAAUGAGACUUUACAUAUAAAGCAGAUGUGCUAACUUAUUAAAUUUCAACCAAAAUUUCGAAAUGCGUUCUCGUUUCAAAAAGAUAAAUUAAGAAGUGUUGUAAAACUAACCAUAAUGCAGCAUAAAUCUAUAAUGACCCAGUUAUCUUAUGGUGUCGGCUUUCGAAAGAAUCUAUCCUUGGCUGCAUGCAAGAUCCAUCCUCUGCAAAAAAUGACUGCUUAACUAGCAUUCAAUUUUCUCAUUGAUUUUCGAUGCCCUUGAAAAUUACAUUAGAGUUCCCGGAAAACAUGCAUACAUACAUUCAUUCGUUUACUUAUUCGGUAGAAAAUCACGUCUUCUUCUAAUUUCAUACUCAAAAGAAUAGUAUAAUUUGGUUUUAAAAAACGUUUCUAAUUGUGAGAUUUUUCAAUACGGUUAAAUGGCCGUUCAUGAAACGUCAUGUAUUUGCAUUUGCGAAUGUGGCUUGUAAAGUUAACAAUAUUGCAUACAUUUCUCUACGGUACUAAGAGGAGACCAUAUGAGGUUCAUAAAAUUAAGCAAGGGAUUUUAGCAAUAUUGUUUACUUUCCAAGCAACAUUGUAAAUUGAGAUACAUGACGUUUCAUGAACGGCCAUUUAACCGUAUUAAAAAUCUCACAAUUAGAAACCUUUUUAAAAAUGAAUUAUACUCUUCGGUUGAGUAUGAAAUAGAAAGAAAACGUGACUUUUUACCGAAUACGUAAAAGAAUGAAUGUUUUUAUGCAUGUUUUCCGUGAAAUCUAAUGGAAUUUUCAAGAGCAUCGAAAAUCAAUGAUAAAAUUGCAUGCUAUUUAAGUAGUCAUUUUUUGCAGAGUAUAGAUAGUGCAUGCAGCCAAAAAUAAGUUCUUUCGAAAGCCGACACCCCGUUGUAACCGGAUAAUUAUAGAUUCAUGCUGCAUCGUGAUUAGUUUUACAACACUUCGAAAUUUUUCUUUUCGAAAUGAGAAGGAAUUUCGAAAUUUUGGUUGACAUUUUAUGAGACAACACAUCUACUGUACACUUCUCAUUCAAAAAUGCUGAAAAAACACUUCAUUUAUAAAAAAAAUCGCGUAAAAAUCGGGAGAUGGCACCCAAAAAAUCCGGGCAACCAAAGCAGCCUGACUUACGGUACAGGUGGUAAUAGGGGUUUUAUAGUUGGUGGAUGGUCGGGAUGUACGAUACUAGCCGACGGAAAGCCUUAUUUGUACAGGAAAAUGAACAAAGUUGGCCCGCUCUCCGUUCCGUUAUUACAAAAUAGGUCGCCAAAGGGGGUAUAAUGGUAAUGGACGAGUAGAAGGCGUAUAAUCGUCUUCCCUCAGAAGCUUAUCUACAUUUCUCUGUUAACCACUCAAAUAAAUUCAAGGACACUGCAACCGGACAGUACACCAAUGUCAUUGAGGCAUACUGGAGAAGGCCGAAAAGGAAACUCAACGACGGAUACCCUGUAUGUGGUCGAGCUGUGUGGGCUCACGUAGACGAAGUACAGUAUCGUCUUUGGUUUGGCCUCAAUGCCAUGUCUUUGACAGAUGCCUGGGAACUGUUCCUUUCCCAUGUUGUGCAGACUUCUCCUAUUUAAAACUGAUUUUGUUUUGUAAUAAACUGCCAUAAUGCGAAUUUAUGCCGUAUAUUCAGGUGUAUGUGUGUAACUAUGGGGAAUGUGGGUAAGAACGACCAUUGUCCAUGUAGCCUCCCGCGAUGUUCAUUCGGUCAGUCCAUGUAAGGCCAUCGGGGAAAGUCCAAGUAAAGCGUGAAAGUAGGCCUGCAACCGCUGAUAUGGCCUGAAGGCCUUUGAAUUCACUGUUAAAGGUAUUAUUUCCAGGUAACGGAUAUUUUUGGUGCCAUCUCUCGAUUGUUCCCAAAAACCGUGUGGAUGGCAAUCGGACAACCGACCAGUAAAGUGCUUAUUGAUGCAUAUUUAAGGGUACAGUACACUUGUAUUAGGAUCUUAGCCAGAUAACGAUUUGAGUCUUAAAUUGCGUUUGUUAAUACAAGUGCCUCAAUAUCCAGCCUUCAGCCGUAUUUUGAUGUUAGUGCCUUAGACACGUUCUUGUAAAUGGGGAUAAUUAGACAGAAUAUGAAAUAUACGCUGCAUUUUAGAGCAAAGCAAAAAUGUCCUAACGGUUUAUGUUCAUUAUUUGAUAUGUUUAUAGCUGGAGCUCAAGUGGGAAUGGCGGUUUCAUUAUUCAUUUUUAUCACGUAUAAUCUCAAAAGUAAUCGGACUAAAUCUCAUUUGUGGAGCUUGUGAAGAAUUUGUCAUAUUCUUACUAAUUCAUUUUCAUGAAAUCGCAAGCAGUCAGACUUUUAGAUAUCCUCAAAAAGCUUGUCAGACCUCCUCAAUUAUACUUUAUCUUCUCCUAUAGGAAAUGCGUUUUGUCCACUGCAAGGGCGCCAACUUAAUUUAGAUUACGCCGUUGAAAACUUGUUGUCCAAAAUGCCUACGCAUACAUCCAUCCAAGCACAUGACAUGGAGCUCACCGUGAGUGUGACGGUGAUAUUCGAUGGAGAGGCGACUGUUAUCGACUGUGUGUUUUUAAGGAGAGUUCGAACGGCAAAAUUUGUACAGUAUACUUGCAGUCUAUUGUUUCCCGUUGUUCAAAUUUCUUUUUCUCCCAAGGUACUAUUUAAUUAUGAAUACCGUUCUUACAUGUUACGUACUAAAUGGAACCUUUGCGAAUCGCAUUUGAGCUCUUAUAAUUUGCAAUUAAUUUGUCCAUGGUUUGAUAUUAACUUCUUACAAUGCGUUCUUAGGACUCUUUAUGCAAGCUGGGUUCUCGCGUAUACGAGGGAUGUGGCAGCAUGGAUUAUACAGCGCGCAAUGUCACAUCAAAUGCCGUGGUGGACUACACGUUCUUUGAAGGUGGACAAGGUUUGCCUAAUAUGA